CAGUAGUACCUUGGGUGCCCUCAAAUACAAGGGCAGCACCGAACGACGACCUGACGCAGGCAGCCAGCUCGCCAGAAGAGCGUCCGCCAGCAGCCCGCCAACCAACCUGACCUGUCUGAGGUUGCCCGGUGUCCAUUGGGAUCCAGUCCAAUUUUCUUCGCACCGCCGGCACCACUCUCUCCCCAUCCUCACGCACCAUCGCCAGUCAGUCGGUCAGUCUUCAGCUCCCGCUGCCACUGCACAUAUCCGGCCCCAUCGCCGCCAGCCUUUUGGUGUCCACCCACACCCACUCUACCUCCCCCCCCAAAGACUCUUCCGCGCUUUUCAACCCUCCCCCCCCAAGAGGUCAUGCGAUCGUAGCAACCUCUCCCUUGCCACCAACAGUAGCAAACGCCGCCAUUGAACGCACGCCCUGAAACGGUAGGCGACAAGCCAGGCGUCCAUCAUGUCCAACGUCGCGUCCCAGAACCGUUUCGCCUACCUCGGCAACGACAGCGACGGUGAGGAGAAGCCCGUCGUCCCUGUCAAGACCGUCGACAAGGCCACCGCGCGCACGACCAAGCGCAACGUCGAGCCCCAGGCCCCUGCUGCUCCGGCCCGCGGCACCGCCAACCGCCGCGGCGGUCCCCGUGGUAACGAGGGCGCCUUCCGCGACCGCGCUGCCGGCAGCGAGCGCAACCAGGGCCGCUCCACCGAGGAGGCUAGCCGUGAUGGCCCCCGUGGUGGCUACGGUGCGCGCGUCCGUGGCGGCCGUGGCUCCCGCCGCCCUCGCGAGUUCGAUGACCGACACCCAAACCGGGCUGCCGCUCAUGGUGGCUCCGACAAGCAGGCUGCCCAGUCGUGGGGCGCCACCGAGGGCGAUGCCGAGCUGAAGGACGAGCAGGCCGGUGAGGCCAUCGCUAAGACCGAGCAGGCUGAGGCUCUUGCCGAGGACGCUACCGGCGAGGACGCCGCCGAGCCCGAGGACAAGAGCGUCUCGUACGAGACGUACCUUGCCCAGCAGAAGGAGAAGCGUGCCGCCCUCAGCGGCGACUUCAAGGUCCGCGAGGCCAACGAGGGUAGCAAGCUCGACAAGAAGUGGGCCGGCGCCAAGACCCUCGAGAAGGAAGAGGAGGACUUCAUCACCGCUAGUGGCGGCAAGAAGCAGCGCGAGCGCGAGCGCAAGGUCAAGCAGACCAUCGAUUUCGACCCUCGCAAGGUCGACAGCGAGCGCCCCCGCGGCGGAGCUCGUGGCGGCCGAGGCGGACGUGGCGGACGUGGUGGGGAGCGCGGCGGCGAUCGCGGCCGUGGAACCAACUUCCGUGGCGGCCGUGGUGGUGCCCGCGACGGCGCUGCUCCCAUCAACACUAAGGAUGAGUCCGCCUUCCCCAGCCUCGGUGGCAAAUAAGCGCGCCGGCGCAGUGACGACAUGGCCCCCGCGGGAUCCCUCUGGCCUUCUUCUUGCUCAUUAAUGAGUAAUUGCGACGCGUUCCUUUCCAUGACGUCCGACCGGGUACUGCAUGAUGUUUGAGAAGGAUGGUAGGGGGGCUUUUUCCUCCGUCCCGAGAGAGACGGGGGCCAUGGUAGGGCUUUAGGGGCUGGCGCAACCCGUACCCUCGCUUUCACUGUCCUAACGAAUUCGGAAACCCGGUACAGAGAGAUGUGGCGAGGGGUGGGUUUGCAAAGGCAGGACCGGUGAUGUCCUAGGGGCGGAGAGAUGAGAGGGUUCUUGUUGCUCUUCCCAUCCCCCUUGUUUCCCUUUUCUUCGCCCUUUUCGUCCAAAACAAUCCAGGAAAGAAGGACAAUCACUCUCUCACAUUUAUGUUUGAUAAAGAAGUCGAGAAAGAGAAAAAAAGUUUUCUGUUGUGACGAGAAAGUCUGAGGAGCUUCGUUCUGGGCUAGAAUACGUAGGGAUUCGACGCGAGAGUAACAGGCAACGGGGAAGUGAGACAGUGAGAGUGACGAGGUGCGUGCGUGAGUUGGUUGGAGUGAGUUUUGACGACGCCGGCGACACCCAGACGGGACGGGGCGGAACACGGGGGCAAAUGGGAAUUUCGAAGCCGUUCUCUUUCAUGUCUUGUUCUUCCAAAACUUUUGAUGUAUGUUUCGUUCGUCUGUUUGCGCGGCGCACGCCACCAAAAGAGGUUUAAUUCCCAAGGUACUUACUGAUGACGAUGACGACGUCGGUACUGCCCGCUGUUGCCGUGAGGAUAGAUGAAUGGAUGAAUGGAUGGAUGGAUGGAUGGAUGGAUGGUGAUGUGAGACACACACGUCACGG